AUGAGCAAUAGUCAGACUAUACAAGAACUUAAGAAUGAGUUCAUGGAUUCAAAGCAAUUCAUGCAUCAAGCUAUUGCCAAGAUAGAAGGGCAAAUUGGCCAAUUAGCCAAUCAAAUAGGGGAAAGAGAAAUAGGAAAGUUCUUGAGUCAACCAGUUCCCAACCCAAAAGGGCAAUUCGUUAUUGGAGGCUCAUCCGCCCCUUCUUAUGGACAGGAGCAUGUGCAAGCCAUCACCACUUUGAGGUCUGGAAAGCAAGUGGAUAAUCAAGUGGCUAUGCCUAAAGAAGCCACAAAGGCAGCUAAAGAUGAGGAAAACCAUGAAAAGCCUGAAAAAGAUCUCGGACCAAACUCUGUCGUUCCAAUUGCUAAAGAGAGUCCCCAGAAGUUUGUUCCCAAAGCUCCAUUUCCAGAAAGACUUACAGCUCCCAAGAAAGGCUCAAAGUUCGAUGACAUUUUGGAAGUGUUCAAACAAAUCCCUGUCAAGUAUAAAGACCCUGGCUGUUCUACAAUUGCAUGCAUGAUAGGUUACAACAAAGUUGAAAGAGCUCUGUUAGAUUUGGGGGCUAGUGUGAAUCUCUUGCCAUAUUCAGUUUAUGUCCAAUUGGGAUUGGGUGAGCUCAAACCCACUUUAGUAACACUUCAGCUGGCCGACAGAUCUGUGAAAGUCCCAAGAGGAAUCAUUGAAGAUGUUUUGAUCAAAGUUGAUAAGUUCUACUAA